AUGGAUCCCGCGCCGAACGUGUCUAGUAACCCGUUUCACAAACCGCGCCCUAUCGAGUCGGAGUCCGCCGACAAGCUCGAGGCGCAGAAGGCCGACUACGAAGCCAAGCUCGCCGACAUGAGCAAAGUGUCCCAGGCCAACUUAGAGAACACUAUCAAGGACUACGAGGCCAAGCUCAGCGAAAAGGAGAAACUCCAAGAGAUCGAGAUCGAACGCGUGAGGGACUUCAUCAUGGGUGAUACUGGCGAGAUAAAGAAGAAAUCCGAGACCAAGCUCCACGACCUCGCCGAGAACUACGAGGCCAAGAUUGCUCACCUGGAGAACGAAUCGAAGUCCAAGCUCGAGAACACGAUCAAGCACUACGAGAUCUUGGUCAGGCAAGAGGAAAACCACGGCGAUUGGCUGCUCCAACAAAUGAGGAAGGGCCAUGAGACCGAAAUCGCCGAGAUCAAGAAGAAACACGCACUGGAGUUUGAAGCCGCGCAGAAGGACUACGAGUUCAACCUCAGCAAACUCAAUCAUGAUCACGCGAUUCCGGAACGUGCCUUCGAAGAGAAGACCUGGAGUCUUGCGGCGCUCCAAAAGACAGGGACCAAGGAAGCCAACUUCCUCAGCAAGUCCGCCGAGCCAAACGCUGAAGCGAAAGACGCAGGCCUGCUCGCUGUCAAGAAGGCGGACACCAACGACAAGAAGCCCGAGAUCGACGCGCUUAAAGGUACCAUCGACGCCCUCAAAGACACCGUCGGUAUACAGAUGGUGGCUGCAGAAGAUCUCCGCGAGACCGUCAAAGACCUUCGAGAGCGCAACGCAAAGCUCGAAGCAGAGCUUCAGAAGAAGUAG